UUGGACCGUGGCGGGAUACUUAAGGUCCGGACGGUUAUGGUCAGGUAUGGGUUUACUACUCAGGAUAAGUUUUCACCGUCAAAAAGCUAUGGUCGAGUAUCAUGUAUGAAAAAGUCACCCAUGAAAGGAAGGUGUCGAAGUUUGUCUGCUCUUGCCCCCACAAAAUUUACUGAUGCUGGUCAUUUUAUCCCUCUAACAGCAUGCUGUGUACAAGUAGAACCUUUGAGUUCACUUCCAGUUGAGUACGCUUCAGUAGUGACUAGGCCAUGCUCAAUAGUCUGCGAGGUAGCGUCUAUUCUGAAUGAAGAAGAGGAUUUUCAAAUACAAAUAAACACAGACGACCCUGUAAACAUAGAAUGUCACAUAUCUCUCCCUGUUCUACCAGUGUCUCUUCAGGACUAUGCAUCUCCUGAACCCAGCCUUGUACCUGACAGUAUUCCUAUGUUCACUAAUAUCACCGGGGGUCGGACUAUUUGGUGAAUUCCAUUCAAAUCACCCACACAUUCUUCUCGAGUUAGCUGUCCAUGGUAAUUUACGUGAUUUUCUACGAAAUCCUCGACCACUUGGAAUCAAUUUCUGGGCAGAUAAAUAAACAGUCACCUCAUCAUAUGUAAUCGCAACAAAUUUAAACUAUUUAAAAUAAAUUUAAUCUGAUAAUGCAGUUCAACAACCAAGAUUAAAACUAUUAGGAUUUCCAUUGGAUAUCGCUGAUGCUUUGUUGUAAUUUGAAACAUUAUCUGUAAGUUUUAGUGGCACUGUCGAUUAAUGCUGUUUUUAAUAAUAAUAAUAAUAAUAAU